AUGGAAGCUAAAGCACAGGCUCGAACAAGGAAAUCCACCGGCUUCUCUUUUUAUUUGGCUCUACUGUUGUUUGUCGGAAAACGAGCUUUGGCAGAAAUAAGGUACUCGAUUCCGGAGGAGGUAAAAGACGGAACUGUCGUCGGAAAUGCUGCGAAGGAUCUUGGCCUUGACAUUAAUUCUCUGUUUGAAAGACGGUUCCGUGUUGUUUCUGAAUCUAAGGAGAUGUUUUUUGAUGUAAACCAGGAUAAUGGGGCUCUGUAUGUUCAUAAGAAAAUCGACAGAGAGGAGCUCUGUCAGGGCAGCGGUGCUUGUUUAAUAGAGCUAAAGAUCCUCGUUGAAAACCCUUUGGAAAUGCAUUAUGUAGUUGUAGAAAUAACUGAUGUGAAUGAUCACGCUCCCAGUUUUCCUGAAAAACACCAGAUAUUUGAAAUAGGUGAACAAACCUUGCCAGGAAAGCGGUUUCAGUUGCACCCGGCUCGUGACCCGGAUGAUGGAAUUAAUUCGAUUCGCACAUACACUUUAUCGUCAAAUGAUCACUUCACGAUAGAUAUUCGUCAAAGCGACGAGGAUAAAAUACCAUUUUUAGUGCUGAAAAAGUCACUGGACAGAGAACAAGCGAGCAAACACCUGCUUUUUGUUACAGCUACUGACGGAGGUAAACCUCCGAGAUCAGGUGCACUAAACGUUUCCAUUAUUGUUCUUGAUAGUAACGACAAUCGCCCUGUAUUUAGUCAAGAGAUUUACCAAAUUGAAAUACAAGAAAAUGUUCCAGUCGGUACGUCAGUAAUAAAAAUAAAUGCGACGGACCCAGAUGAAGGUACUAACGGAGAAAUUGAAUACAACCUUGGAAAAACUCUGAAGAAAAAAGUCUAUGACAUCUUUGAAUUGGACAAAUUAACUGGAGAGAUCAGAGUAAAGGGAGAAGUGGACUAUGACGAAAACGACGUCUAUAAACUUGACAUUGAGGCAUCCGAUAAAGGAACACCUCCACUGACAGGUGAGUGUAGAGUCAUUAUUAAAAUUAAAGACGUCAACGAUAAUCCACCGGAAAUAGAAGUGACGUCACUGUCAGAUACCGUGUCAGAAGACUCGAAACCUGGAACUGUUAUUUCACUUCUUAGUGUGCGGGACAAAGACUCAAAUGUAAAUGGAAAAAUUGUUUCAAGCAUAACCUCUGACGUUCCGUUUCAGUUACAGCCGUCGUACAAAGAGAACACUUAUUCAGUUAUUACUAAGGAUUUAUUAGAUCGAGAGCAGGUGUCACAUUAUGAAAUAACAAUAAAAGCCACUGAUUGUGGCGACCCUCCCCUCUCCACCUUUAAAACGCUCAACAUUCAAAUAUCAGAUGUAAAUGACAACAGUCCACAAUUCUCCGAAAACCCAUUACAGUUUUAUCUGUCAGAAAAUAAUGUUGCUGGAAAAUUGAUUUUCUCUGUGAGUGCAACGGACAAUGAUUUAAAUGACAAUGCAGCUAUUUCAUAUCAUAUUGUCAGAGAAGGAAGUAAAAAUGAUAUAAUGUCUUUCCUGAAUGUAAAUCCUGAUAAUGGACACAUCACCGCACUAAAAAGUUUCGACUUUGAAACUGUGAAAACUUUCCAGUUCCACGUUGUCGCGUCAGAUUCUGGAACUCCGUCACUGAGCAGCAACGUCACAGUGAACGUGUUCAUUCUGGAUCAGAACGACAACGCUCCAGUCAUCCUGUAUCCAGUCAGCUCCAACGGUUCWGCUGAAGGUGUGGAGGAGAUUCCCCGCAAUGUGAACGCAGGACACUUGGUGACUAAAGUCMGAGCCUAUGACGCUGAUAUAGGAUAUAACGGCUGGUUACUGUUUUCACUGCAGGAAGUUACUGACCACAGUCUCUUUGGUUUGGACCGCUAUACAGGACAGAUCAGAACACUUCGCUCAUUCACAGAGACAGACGAGGCUGAGCACAAACUGCUCAUACUGGUCAAAGACAAUGGGAACGUGUCACUCUCAGCAACAGCUACUGUCAUUGUCAAAGUUGUGGAGCCCAAAGAAGCUUUUGCAGCUUCUGAUGUGAAAAGUUCAACAAAAGCAGAUGAGGACAAUAAUGUGACUUUUUACCUGAUGAUAACCUUGGGCUCAGUUUCAGCUCUUUUUUUCAUCAGUGUCAUCGUGCUGAUUUCAAUGCAGUGCUCAAAGUCCACAGACUUCACUUCUAAAUAUCUACAAGAGCCCAAUUAUGAUGGGACACUGUGUCACAGCAUCCAGUACAGAUCUGGAGACAAACGCUACAUGUUAGUUGGACCCAGGAUGAGUAUAGGAUCUACUAUAGUCCCAGGAAGCCAUGCCAAUACUCUGGUGCUGCCUGACAGGAGGGGGACAUCUGGAGAGGUAAGACCACGUAUCUCAAUUUAA